UACAAUUAGCAACAUGGAUUUUGCCAGUGUACUGCAGAAAAACGAGCCACACCAGCGUACGAUAAUUCAUAUAGACAUGGAUUAUUUUUACGCGCAAGUGGAAGAGAUUAGGGAUCCUUCGCUAAAAUCCCGACCUUUAGGAGUGCAGCAGAAGAAUAUUGUCGUAACAUGUAACUAUAACGCUCGAGCGAAAGGCGUCAAAAAGCUGAUGUUGGUUUCGGAGGCUAAGAAACUGUGCCCGGAUUUGGUGUUAGUGGUUGGCGAAGAUUUAACUCCUUAUAGGCAAAUGUCGCAGAAAAUAUUCGAAAUUCUACUCAAUUAUACACCAUUAGUUGAAAAGUUAGGUUUCGAUGAGAAUUUCAUGGAUGUUUCAAUGCUGGUGGAAAGGAGAGAACAAGAAAAAAAUCAACAGGAGAACGAUGAUAUCGACGAACCCACCGUUGCUGGUCAUAUAUAUCCUUCCGACGGUACUACUUUGAAUGCCUGUCGCUGUGGCUGUGCCUAUCGCUUAGCUUUGGGAACACAAAUUGCCCAGGAAAUAAGGGAAGAGUUAAACAUUAAGCUUGGUGUAACUUGUUGUGCAGGUAUUUCGUAUAACAAACUAUUGGCGAAGCUUGUAGGUUCCCAGUAUAAACCAAACCAACAAACUGUUUUGGUUUCCUCUCAUGCUGAGCAAUUUAUGCGAGAAUUAUGUGAUUUGAAUCGGAUCACAGGCAUUGGCCAGAAAACUGAAUCUCUUUUGCUUGAAAGCGGUGUCAAAAAUGUUGAAGAACUGCAGAGGUGCGAUAUUGAUUUUCUUAAGAAGAAAUUCGGCUUUGAAACUGCCACAAAGCUAAAGGAUCUUGCCUUUGGGCGUGAUAAUUGUGCUGUUCGUCCGACUGGAAAACCUAAAACUAUUGGUUUGGAAGACUCAUGCAAACCGAUAUCGGUAAGGACUGAUGUCGAGGAGCGAUUUCGUCUACUGCUGCUGAGACUCAUGGAACAGGUUGCUGAAGAUGGACGUAUACCAAUAUGUAUAAAAGUAGUAUUGCGGAAAUUUGACUCACAAAAAAAGAGCAGCCACCGUGAAACCAAACAAGCCAAUAUACUACCGUCGCUGUUCAAAUCAUAUUCAUGCGCCGACAGCGGUGGCCCUAAAGUGGUGCUUGCAGAUGGAGCUCAAGAAAAACUUCUCAAAAUUAUUAUGCGAUUAUUUGAAAGGGUUGUGGAUCUAAACAAACCAUUUAACAUUACGCUGAUUGGAUUGGCAUUCUCGAAGUUCCAACAACGUAAGGUAGGAUCGUCAUCGAUUGCCAACUUCCUUAUUAAAAAAACCGAUUUGGAAGUUCAAUCAAUUACAUCGUUAACUAAUGAUGUCGACACCACUGGUGUUAAUGCAGACGGUGCGUGUGGUUCCAUUCCGAACCAGUCUAACAAUGACAAUGAAGCAUUUCGUUCAUCGCCUACAACCUUUCAGCCAAGUGAUCAAUUUUACCGCCGGCGCACGACGGCGGCAUCUCCUAUUCCUAUGCUUGUGGAUAAUGGUUCGGAAUCUGGAGCAACAAAUUCAGACUUUUCAGAUUUUUCAGAAACUGAGGUUGAACCUUCUCCGAAAAAGAGUAGAAUAAGUCGAUUACUGCUUAAUAAACGUCGUUGCUUCGGGAGCACUACUGUUUAUAAUUCCACAUGCGAGUCCGCCGCGGAUGUUGCCUCACCGAGUAAAUUGCGAGUUUGUGAUUUGCGACUGAAUUCUAGAGACAGCGACAGAGAUUUUUCAAUGACAUGUCCAUCGCUCUCACCGUCCUUAUCAAGUGCCUCUAACAAUAACAUACCGACAUCGCCAUUAUCGUUUUCAACAACUGCCACAACCCAGACCAUGUCAGUUCAAUGUUCGAACUUAUCUGAUAGUUUAGAAGAUUUUCGCACAAACGCUUUACUUUUUUCACAACAACAUACAGCUGUUUCUCCGCCAAGCACAAAUAAUAUUCCCAUGGAUUCUGGGACUGAGGCCGAUCAACGCGAAACUACCGACAUUGCUAAACUUACUUCUGCCCAUAAUACUGCACCAAACAUUACCGGCAGUCUUGCCAACAUUCCGUGCCCAGCUGGCGUUGACCCACAGGUUUUUAAUGAGUUACCAGUCGAUGUUCAAAACGAAUUAAUAGCUUCGUGGCGAAGCUCUCUGGCAGCUGCUGCUGCAGCCGUCGCAAAUGGAACUUUAUCUUCUCUCAGUCCUAAUGGAGCAACUAAUGCAUCACAGAAACCUAGUGUAGUAAGCAGUUCCGCUAAAGCUGGCGGUGGUGGAGUUAAUUCGACAACCACUCAAAAGAAUACUCUAUAUCGCUAUUUUUUGAGAAAUAAGUGA